AUGGCGAACGUGCGUGAUAGCGACAUUUCUCUGUGGCUACACAAUAAGCUUGGAACGUCGAACGACUCGUGGAUUAGCGGAUCUAUCAUAUCACAAUUGAAUAAGGAAGUCCUGCGGAACAUCAAGGAGUGUUUUCCGGACCUGCAGACGCAGGUGAAGCUGAAGCUGCUGCUAAGUUUCUUUCAUAUUCCGCGGAGGAUAGUCGACGAGUGGAAAACAGAGCUCGAAGAAGUGAUUGAGGUUGCGGGCCUUGAUUCAGAACUAUGGGUCUCCAUGGUGGCAGAAACCAUCAAAACUCUUCCGACUACCGGAUCGUUAAAUACAGAAAUCUCCGAUUACGAAGAGACGCGACCAAUCUUUACCGAUAUGGUGAACGAACUGCGUCGAUUAGUGGUCAAAAAUGCCGACCUAGGAUUGUUGCCCCUCGAAUGCCAAUAUCUCAACAAAUCAGCGCUUGUCUCAGUUGUAGGUCAGCAGUCGACCCCGGUUAAGCAUUUCACACUGAAGCGGAAACCGAAAAGUGCGAAUUUGCGUGCAGAGUUGCUUCAAAAGUCAUCCGAUGCACAAAGCUGUCUGAAAAAGAUUUCCGCACCGACAGUGCCUUUGAGAUCGCGAGGAAUUCCGCGUAAAAUGACUGACACAACGCCGUUGAAGGGAAUUCCUUCGCGAGUUCCAACUGGUGGUUUUCGUUCGCCUCCCUCGUCUCAAGGACAAAACAGACCAAGUCUUAGUCGAACUCCAGCUGGUCGGAAAGAAGGGGGUGUCAAGCUACUUGAAAUUGGUGAACAACCUCUUGGUUAUGCUGCGGCUAAAAAGCGGAAAAGAGAACAAGAACGUGAGGAACAGCAGAAAAAGGCUGCCGAACAAGCGAGCGCGCAAGCUGUCCAGGAUAUCAAACCAGUUAUCACAACUCCUACAACGCCUACUGCUACGACCACAACUCCAGAUUAUGCAGCAGGACUUACAGCUAGUACAGUUUACAGUCAACCUGCAACACCGAUGCCGACUGCUACAGUUAAAGACAGUGCAGUGAGUAGUGCGGUUCCACAACAAUCUCUUCAGCCUCAGCAACAACCACCUCAGCAGAUUGACAUGAAGCAGGAGAUAAAGCAGGAAAUCAAACAAGAGCAAAUUAUAAGCAGUUCUGUUCAGUCCAUUCCUAUUGUAUCAUCUACUCCAAUGCUGCAAACAAUAGUGCCUCCGGUACCACCGUUAGCGUACACGACUCCCCAAGUGCAAAAGAUUACCAUCAAAACAGAAACAAGUAUGCCUCCUGCCCCGAUUUCUAUCUCCAAUCCUCCAUCCUUGGUUCGGACGGUGACUUUGCCUGCGACAACGCAUAUCAAAACGCAGUCACAGCAACAGCAGCUGCAACUUCCAACUGUUUCAAGCACAGUACAAAUGAUUCAACAACAGAACAUGACCGGUAAUUCGUUAGGAACAAAGUCCCCCAAAAUCGAGAUAAUUUCCUCCAAGACCAUACAACCUGCUACGAUUCAGGCGUCAAUCCCAAAGUCAACUACUAUUAUCAAUCAAGGUGGAAAUAUUCUAUUUACUACCAAGCAGGUUCAGCCUAACACGACGGCAGCAACUGCCGGAGCGACCAUCGUCCAACAGAAGCCGGCUCUUCAGUCGUAUGUUCUGAACACUUCUCCGCCAGGCAAGCAAAUCAACAUCCAAAGAAUAGUAACAAACGCUAAUGCAACUGUCAAUCCUACGCUUACGACCACUAUCUCACGUGCUCAGCAUCAGCAGCAAUUGCUGCAAGCUCAGAAACAGCUUCAAACUCAGCAGCAUCAACAACAGCAGCAGCUGCAACAACAAAUGCAGCAACCCAGCACACCCACUCGAAUUGUUCAAAUCAAAACAGCCCCAACAGUCUCCUUAAACAACAAUCAGCUGUUACAAAACAUUCCCCCACUCAUCUCGACCCAGCAUCCAGGAUCGGGUGCACAGCCUACCAUCCUCAAUAUACAAACUAUUCAGCAGCAACAACAACAACAGCAGCAACAACACCAACAGCAAGUUCAAAUCCAACAGCAACCUACGACGCCGCAGAAGCGUACCAUUACUAUUACUGCGCAAAAUCCGCAAACCAACAACAACAACAUGAUCACUACUUCGGUCGCGCAAAUUUUGCAACAACAGCAAUUCCAACAACAACAACAACAGCAGCAGCAGCAAGCGAUACAAACUACUUCUAUAAUAACUGGAAGCACUCAGCAGCCGAAAUACGCCCAAGUUGUGAUGUCUCCAAAUGUGAAAGGUAAAACCAUCUUCCUUACGAACUCUGCCAACAUCCCGAACGUGUUAAACCAGAAGGGAGUGCUGCUCCGGACCGUGGACCCAUCCGGCAACACUGUUUACCAGCAAAUUCCGCUUCAGAACGUGUCCGGUCUUGGAGGGGCAACGAUCCUCACCAGCGGAGGCCCACCUGGGUUAGUUAAGGCCGAACCAGACACAAAAACACAGCUCAGCCAGAUCCCCGCUCUCGUCCCGACAAGUUCACUGCAUCAGAAUAUCCCAGCCCUAACACCGGUCGUGAUACAGCAGUCCCAACAACAACAACCCCAACAAACGACCACAAUCCCGGCAUUGAUAACCAACAUCGGUCAGCAACAAGCGCAACAGCAACAGCAGCAGCAUCUUAUCCAGCACCAGCAGCAACAAAUAAAAUCAUCCCCUCAGACAAUGACAAUCAUACGACCCGUCGGUGGUGCAACCAACAACAACCUUCAGACUACGGUUCUCCCGCAGGGUCUAACGCUAAUCCAGCGACCCGGGCAGCAGCCGCAGCUAGUGCAAACGAUACAAGGCCAAUCACAGCAACAGCAACCGCAAACAAGGACCAUCAUUACCCAAAUUCCACAACAACAGCAACAACAACAGCAGCAGCAGCAACAGCAACAAAUUCAACAACAACCGCAGCAUACGAUACAGUUUCAAGCCGCGGGAGCGCCUCGGGCAGGUGGUACCACCAUACAGUUGGUGCAACAGCCGCAGCAUGAUCGCACUAUCAACCAACAACAGCAACCGCAGCAAAUCCAAAUCCAGCGGACACAAAUUGGUCAACAACCGCAACAAGGCGGUACGGUUACGAUUCAACAGCAGAACACCGUGGCCGUCGGUCAGCAACAGACGGCGCAGCAGGGUGCCCGGAAAGGACUUUCGUUAUCGAACAAGCAUGUUAUGGAAGCGCACGAUAUGUUCAAACGAGCCAACCGAGUGACCCGGCUGGAGAAGGCAUUGAUUCUCGGUUUUAUGGCAGGCUACCGGGACAAUCCGCGCCCGAAUCCGGAGAAUGUCGUAACCAUCAAGUUGAACGAGAGCAAGGAAAAGGUCCUCCAGGCGGAUGAUACACAGGCGCUAAUGCUGGUCGAAUCGCUCAUCACGCUCGAUUACAAUACGGGCGAAUGGAAAACGUUCCGGAAAUACCGCGAGCUUGAUCCCUCGCAGCAGCAUGAUAUGGGUCCGGGAACGACCGGCGGGACGCAGGCCCCCGGUGGACCAGCAAGCGGGCAGCAGCAGAAUUCAGUGGUUAUUUAAUAUUUAGCAUAGCGUAAAAAGCGUGACAGUAAGCAGUUAGAUGGCUAAGUGGAGCGACGACGUGGCGACGAGUACGAGCGCUUAUGAUGAAUGGAGAAAAUGGACGAGAGUGAUUUCUUGAGUAUUGAAAAUGCGUAUAUAGUUUUCACGAUUUUCUAUUAAGAAUAAUCCUCUGUUGUUUUCUUGCUAUAUAGAUAUAUCGAUGGCAUAUAGACGAAUUAUGUGCAAAAAAAAACAUUCAUCUCAUGAAAUAAAACCUAUCCUGUCAAGGACAUCUAGUACUAUGCUUAUAGAGUAAACGAAUCGCAGCAACAAGCAGUGCAAAAAUGUAUUAAGCACUGGAAAUGCAAACAAUAAUCAGACAGUCUCUAAAAAGUGAGAUGCUUUUUGUAGUACCUAGUACAUAUUCGGAACAGACUUCCGGCAGUGGAUCAUCGUGUUGAAAAUGUUACGUUUCGUUUUCCGAACUGCAGCUGCUGGGCAUGCUAGGAUAUUGUCCGCAAGCCUCGAAACAAAGCUUCUAAGAAUCUAGAGACAGCAGAAUGGCAACAUGCGCGUACACGUAUAGAUAUAGAACAGUGGCGACACAAUAGUUUUUACGGUAGUGAAAUAUUGCGUAAUUGUGUAAUUACUAUUAUUCUAAACAAAUAUUCGGAGAAAGUAAUAUUAACUAUUGAAAUAUUAUUUUAUCACACAUAGGCUGAAAUACCGUAAUUAUUGUGUAUAUUCCAAUAUGUAGCAGCAUAUACAGAGCUA